UAUUAUAUCGAUUUAUCUGAUCACCCGUAUUUGUAUAGGAAUAGAUCUACGGUGUUCGAGUGUUUUUCUUGGAUUAGGAGAUAUGGAUUUUUUUAUAAAUGAUGUGGGUUUAACUCAUCAUGUGUCAUUUUUUCCGGUGGUUUCGUUUGAUUCGGCGAAUCACUAUUAGUUAAGGUUGUGAGUUGAUAUCCCGGUGAUUUUCUGUGAACGUGCGUGGAAAUCGGUUUGUGAUUACGCGUAUGUUCAAGGUGACAAGAAAACUUUGCUUUGCCAUAAAGUGGAACUAGAGCAGUUUCCCGAAAUUGAUGAUUCAAAAUGGUUCAUCCCUAUGUUAUAUCAACUCUUCUCUCACUCACAGCCCUCGCAGGGUAUGUAGCUGCAACUUAUCAAGUGGGCAUAGGAAUAUACGACUGUACAGGGCCAGCAGCAGGUGUAACCUUCAUGGGAUAUGCAAAAUCCAAACAAAUCGGUUGUGGGAUACACCUCAGACAAUUUGCAAGAUCGUACAUUAUUGACGAUGGAGAAACUAGAGUUGCAUAUGUGACUGUCGAUACCUGCAUGAUAUCACAUGGUCUGAAAAAAGAGGUGCUGAGUAGGCUUAGGAAGAGGUUCAACGGAACGUACGGGUACCAGAAUGUCAUACUGAGUGGUACCCACACUCACAGCGCACCUGGGGGAUAUAUGAUGGAUAUGCUCUACGAUAUACCCGAUAAAGGGUUUGUUGGGGAGACAUUCAUGGUUCUAGCUGAUGGUAUAACUAAAGCUAUAGUACAAGCACACACGAAUAUGGUUGAGGCAAGAAUUUUCAUCGCAACUGGUGAAAUAAUUGAUGCUAACAUCAAUAGGAGUCCAUAUUCUUAUCUAAACAACCCAGAGGAGGAGAGAGCGAAGUACAAAUACGACACAGACAAGGAUAUUGUGCAGCUCAAAUUCGUCAGGGCAUCUGACGAUGUUCCAAUUGGUGCUAUCAACUGGUAUGCUGUUCAUCCAACAUCAAUGAACAAUACGAACUGUUUGAUUACAUCUGACAAUGUUGGUUAUGCUUCAAUCCUACUGGAACAGUUCGUUAAUGGUGGUACUAUAGUGGGCAAGGGUCCAUUCGUUGGCGCUUUUGCAUCCACGAACUUGGGGGACGUAUCACCCAACCUCAGAGGUCCGAAGUGUAUCAAUACAGGUGAAGAUUGUGAUUUCAAGACGAGCACCUGCAAUGGAGAGGCUAAAUAUUGCAUAGCUUCAGGACCGGGCAAGGAUAUGGUCGAGAGUACCAGUAUUAUAGCCAACAGACUUUUAUCCAAGGCGAAGGAGUUAUUCAUUCAAAACGAGAAGGAGGAAUUGACAGGUCCUGUGAGGUUCAUCCACAAGUUCGUUGACGUACCGAAACAGAAGAUUAAAAUAAGGGCAGCUAACGGGACGGAAAUUGAGGUUCGUGGUUGCACACCAGCCAUGGGACAAGCCUUCGCUGCCGGGACUACAGACGGCCCUGGAGAAUUCGAUUUCCGGCAAGGGACCAAAUCUGACAAUCCCAUCUGGAAUUACAUAAGAGAUCUGAUAUUCCCGCCAUCCGAGGACGUUAAGCAGUGCCACAGUCCCAAAGAAAUCCUCAUUAAUUCCGGAAAGAUCAAAUUUCCAUACGAAUGGCAACCUGAAAUCGUAGCCACACAACUAGUGAUGAUCGGACAGGUAGUUCUUGCAGCUGUUCCAGGGGAAUUCACCACAAUGUCUGGCAGGCGUUUGAGGGCAACUGUCAAAGACAGCAUCGUAAGAAACGGAGGUCCUGCUAAUGCCAGAAUCAUCAUCACAGGACUCAGUAAUCUGUACACUAGUUACAUAGCCACAUUCGAAGAGUAUCAGAUCCAAAGGUACGAAGCAGCUUCAACAAUAUUUGGACCACACAGUUUGGCCAUCUACCAAAGCGUCUACAGCGAUUUGGCCGAAGCGAUGCUGAAAGGGGAAGAGGUGCCACCAGGACCUAUCCCACCGGAUUUCCGGUCUCAACUUAUCUCUUUCACGCCCCCGGUGAUCUUCGACGCUUCGCCCAAAGGCGCCCACUUUGGCGAUUGUGUCCAACAACCGCCCGAUGAAGUGAGAAUAGGGGAGACCGUUUCUGCAAAGUUCAUUUCUGGCCACCCUAGAAAUAACGUGAAGCAGGGUAAAACCUUCCUGACUGUUGAAAAACAACUGGAGAACAAAACAUGGCAAAUUGUAUACACUGACGCCAACUGGGAAACGAGGUACAAAUGGAAGAAGACAUGUCUGUUUAAAGGGACAAGUGAAGCGACAGUAGAAUGGGAUAUAACUGGGGAUGUAGAACCGGGUACUUAUAGGUUGAGACAUUUCGGGCAUUAUAAGCUGAUCAUUGGUGCCAUAUUACCCUACAGUGGAACUUCUAAAAGUUUUGUCGUUACCAAAUAGAUAUACAGUAAUCCAUUGAAUGAAAUAAGUCUGAGUUAAGUUUAUAAUUUGUAUAUAUUAACAAGUUCAUGAUUAUUUGGAUGUCUGGAUGUGCCUUCUGAGUGUUAAGUUUUUGUAUAUUGAAUUCUUGCCAUAUUUCAUGAGAGAAAAUGCAUAAUUGUUAAUUAUGACUGAAAAUAAAAUAAAAAUGAUUCUCCCA